CUUCAAGCAGCAGUCAUGUUCGUCUUUACACGGGGCAAACGCUUUAUAGCUACGAUCCCAUGUCUCUUCGGAUCUGUGUCUUCUACUCGCUUGCCACGUCAAAGCAUGUCGUCUACAACAUGUAAAGCUGCCGAAAAAGAAACUUCCAAAAAAGCUUUCGAGCAGCGACUUGAGGCAUACCUAGAAGCACGGAAAGAGUACCACCGAUUGUACUACCAAAAACACAAGAAGGCCAUCUUGGAAGAGAAGAAAAAGCGGAUAGACGAAAAUCCGGACCCGUUCAGGAAGCGUACCAAACAGUAUUACCAGAAUCACAAGGAGGAGCUAUGUGCAUAUCAGAAAGUCCGUCGCGAGACCAUUACGGAGACUCAACAAGCCGCCUAUCUUGCCAGAAGAGAAGCCAGAAGAGAAGCCAGAACCCAGGAACUUUCCGGUAGGCUAGCUAUGGUCUUUGCUGAGAGGGAAGCUCGAGCAAAAGAGCGUGCUAGAAGGCGACAGACGAAGAAGACUCAACAAGCCAGAAAAGAAGCUAGAACCCAGGAACGCGCCAAGAGACUGGCUGAGAGAGAAGCUUGAGCAAAAGAGCGAGCUAAAAGGCGACUGGCCGAGAAAGAAGCUCGAGCUGAAAGGCAACUGGCCGAGAAAGAAGCUCGAGCAAAAGAGCGAGCUGAAAGGCGACAGCUCAGCCAGGAAGAGAUUAAUCGACGCUUGAUUGAGCGUCGUGAACACCGAGCCGGGAUCAUAUUCCACGACCAUUUGGUGUUCAUGCCCAUCAAAGUAUAGCAGCCUAACUUUCUCUUAGACGAGGGCGUCUAGGUUCAAGUUUUGUUGAGAUGAGUGUGGUCAGAAGAGGCGCUCGUGACAAUAUGUCAACCAGGAUUUCCUGACAAAAAAAUCGCUAAUAGUAGCUUCUUCUAGGGUGGAAAGACCAAAGUUUGUCUGAUCCAGAAUUGUACCAAUGCCAUUCAUGUUACGCUGCGGAUGUAACCUAGGCUAUGCCUUUAGGUUAUAAGAACUACAUCUUUAACCGCGGAAAAACACCGCGACCCUGAACGACCACACUUUCAAUC